AGCUCACCUUUCGUGACCACGGGACACUGUCUCCCACAGAGAAGCUCACCUUUCGUGACCACGGGACACUGUCUCCCGCAGAGGAAGCUUACCUUUAAUGACCAUGGGACACUGUCUCCCACAGAGGAAGCUCACCUUUACUGACCACGGGACACUGUCUCCCACAGAGGAAGCUUACCUUUAAUGACCACGGGACACUGUCUCCCGCAGAGGAAGCUUACCUUUAAUGACCAUGGGACACUGUCUCCCACAGAGGAAGCUCACCUUUCAUGACCACGGGACACUGUCUCCCGCAGAGGAAGCUUACCUUUAAUGACCAUGGGACACUGUCUCCCACAGAGGAAGCUCACCUUUACUGACCACGGGACACUGUUUCCCACAGAGGAAGCUCACCUUUCAUGACCACGGGACACUGUCUCCCAUAGAGGAAACUCACUUUUCGUGACUCCAGGACACUGUCUCCCAUAGAGAAAGCUCUCAUUUCAUGACCACGGGGCACUGUCUCCCACAGAGGAAGCUCACCUUUCAUGACCACGGGACACUGUCUCCCACAGAGGAAGCUCACCUUUAAUGACCACGGGACACUGUCUCCCACAGAGGAAGUCUGGACUUCUGUUAACCAAUGAACUGUUGGAAAGGAAGACAGUAAAACCCCCAAACAACUUUGGCGAUGGAAAUGCAUUCAGACACUGGGAGAAGCUGGUAGUUUGCAAGAAGCCAGGAUGACAAGAACUUUUUAGAAUAACUGAAGGAAGAACCCUGUUAACAAAUGAGGUGCAUUAAUGCUCAGGCACAGCUACAUGAAGUGUUUUACACCUGCCCUGACCAUCUUGCCAAACGAGUCUCCACUCAUGAGACCCAACAGGAUGAACCAGCCAAGGAGGGACAGUGCUCUCCCCUGUAGGAACAGUGACUGCUGACGUCUGAGUGCAAGCUGGGGACUGCAUGUCGUCUGCCAGUACCAUGAAGGAAGUGGUUUAUUGGUCACCCAAGAAGGUGGCAGACUGGCUGCUGGAAAAUGCCAUGCCAGAAUACUGUGAAGCUCUGGAGCAUUUCACAGGCCAGGACUUGAUCAACCUAACCCUAGAGGAUUUCCAGAAACCCCCCCUGAGCCGAGUCUCGUCUGACAACGGGCAGCAGCUCUUGGACAUGAUAGAGACCCUGAAGAUGGAGCACCACAUGGAAGCACACAAGAAUGGCCAUGCCAAUGGGCACCUCAACGUUGGUGUCGACAUUCCUACCCCUGAUGACAGCUUCAGCAUCAAGAUUAAACCCAACGGGAUGCCAAAUGGGUAUAGGAAAGAGAUGAUCAAGAUCCCCAUGCCAGAGCCAGAGCGCACUCAGUACCCCAUGGAGUGGGGCAAGACUUUUCUGGCCUUUCUUUACGCACUUUCCUGUUUUAUUCUCACCACAGUGAUGAUCUCGGUCGUCCAUGAACGAGUACCUCCUAAGGAGGUGCAGCCUCCACUACCGGACACGUUUUUUGACCAUUUUAACCGGGUGCAGUGGGCCUUUUCUAUUUGCGAAAUUAACGGCAUGAUCCUUGUAGGACUCUGGUUAAUUCAAUGGCUGCUCUUAAAAUACAAGUCUAUUAUUAGCAGAAGAUUUUUCUGCAUAGUUGGCACGCUGUACCUGUAUCGGUGUAUUACAAUGUAUGUAACUACACUCCCAGUACCUGGUAUGCAUUUCAACUGUUCUCCGAAGCUGUUUGGAGACUGGGAAGCCCAAGUACGGAGAAUAAUGAAACUCAUUGCUGGAGGUGGCUUGUCUAUCACUGGCUCUCACAACAUGUGUGGGGACUACCUGUACAGUGGCCACACAGUCAUGCUAACACUCACCUACUUAUUUAUCAAAGAGUAUUCCCCUCGGCGACUGUGGUGGUACCACUGGCUUUGCUGGCUUCUCAGCAUCGUUGGAAUCUUCUGCAUUCUCUUGGCGCAUGACCACUACACUGUGGACGUGGUGGUGGCGUAUUACAUCACCACGAGGCUCUUCUGGUGGUAUCACACUAUGGCCAAUCAGCAAGUGCUAAAGGAAGCUUCCCAGAUGAACCUCCUGGCCAGGGUGUGGUGGUAUAGGCCAUUUCAGUACUUUGAAAAGAAUGUCCAAGGAAUUGUACCUCGAUCUUACCAUUGGCCCUUCCCCUGGCCUGUGGUCCACCUCGGUAGACAAGUUAAAUACAGCCGCUUGGUGAACGACACUUAACAGCUGUACAAAGUUGGGGAAAGAGGAGCUGUCCGAAGUGCUAAGAACUCCAUGAGAGAAGAUGCCAUAAACAAACACCUCCCUAAUGCUAUUAUCUUUCAACAGUUACCUUGACUUAACCUAUUGAGUUACCUGGUCAGCACUGUGAUCUAUUUUUCUCUCCAAAGGACCUGCGUUGGACAACAAUAAAGAAAAUUUAACCUAUCAUGCACUGUACACAUUUCCUGUUCUUGAGUUUGGGAUUUAUAUAACCCACAACCACCAUGUUCCUUUGUGUAUGAUUCAACAGCAUAAAUGUAAGCUUUUAUAUCAUAAGUUCUGGUUUUUCCAGUCAUAUCUGGAAAUGAAGUGUGUUAUUUUCUUGGGAAAACAUACUUUUCAUAUCUCUUGCCCCAAAGAUAGGGCUGUAAGCCAUUUUCUAGCAAAUGUCUCUAUGAGGGUUAUUAAGUAUCUGAAUGGGGUUUGAUUCUGAAAUCUUUCUACCUGUUGCACCGAUACUCAAAAUGACAGACACAGAGAGGUUUGAUAACUUUGGGUUUUAUAAAAAUCAGCAGAGACAGUGUAUCAAAAAGUGCAAAAAAAACAGAGAUUCUGUUAUAAAGUGAUUUUCUAAGUAUUUCCUAACUUUAUUUUUCAAAAUGAUGUUAUGAAAACCAAAUUUGAAGAUUUUUACAUGUCAAAGAGAAGAGAGUUAAAUUUAAAAAUGUUUCUUGGGAGAGAAAUUUGUCUAUGUUCCUAGUGCCUUUCUUGUCUUGAUUGUAUGGUCAGUAGGCAAUCUUAAUUGUUUUUAUUUAAAAUAAAGUAUUCCGUGUAUGUAUACACUACUAAAUUUUGCAUUUAUAUCUAAAUUAAAUCAGAAGACUGCUUAUGGUUUUAAAAUUGUUUUGAACUAAUGGAGGUAUUAAUCAGAGGGAGAGCUUGCUCACAUAUUGUGAGCAGGUGGCAGUGAUAUGUGUACCACUUAAAUUAUUUCAUUGUCUAUUUGGUAGUUCAGUUUUAACUACUCACUGACAACAGCCAUGAAUAUCUUUUUUAAAGAGAGUUUUGAAAACGAUCACAUAUCUAAAACUUGAAAGCUACAAAUUAGUUAUCCAUACUCUCAUGACAAUUUUGUUGGUAAACAACAAAAAAGUUCUAUUUAAAAUCUAUUUGUGCAGAAACUGCAUGUAACUCUUAAGUUUUACUCCUAGCAUACGAUGUUUGGGGAAGUAUUCUAUUCUAUACUUGCCAACACAGAGAACAAAAUGGUUUUUUAGGAAUGAGAAGUAUAUAUAUCCAUCCUGUCCUAUGUGCAGCAGAAUUGUCUUCUGUGGGUCUGUGUGUGUUCACGAGGUGAUAUUUGUAUCGUAAACAAUAAUGGUGAAGGAAAUAAAAAGGCUUUUAAAUUUUU